AUGCGUUGGAAUUUGGAAGCAAUGCUAGAGGAUAAAGAAUGGGUUGCUGGUCCUACAAUAACUAUAGCCGACAUUGCAUUAGUAACCACAGUAUCAAAUAUUGAGUCAUGUGGGACUGACGUAUCAAUUUAUCCACAAUUAUCAGCAUGGUAUGAGCGAACUAAGGCGGCUCUGGAACCAUACGGUUAUGAAGAAAUCAAUCAAUCCGGGGCAGAUCAAUUUGGUGAAUGGUUAAAAAGCAAAUUGGAUUCGCAGUAA